CAGGUAUUUAACUUUUGCCACUCCACUCUUAGGAGUGGACUCACUCAAGCUCUUGAGUAUAUUUUGGUGAAUGCAGAAAAAGAAGGAAUCACCAACAAAUGAGCGUCCUCGGGGAGCCAACCACACCACCUUCAGAGCUAGGAGAGCCAACAGGAGGAGUGUGUUGACGAUGACGCACACACCGACACACACUCAAGCACACACGGAGCGAUUGUGCAGUUCAAACUGUGCCACAUAAGGAGGACUCAUCAGCAUCCCCCCAGGGAAAGUCCGCAGCCGUGGUGUCUUCCUCACACUCCAAGAUGAUGAAGUACCUUUCACUGGGGGUGCUGGUGUUGCAGACCACCUCACUGGUACUCACCAUGCGCUACUCCCGCACUCUGAAGGACGAUGGCCCCCGCUACCUCGCCUCAUCCGCCGUCGUGUCCACAGAGGUGAUCAAGAUCCUCGUCUGCACCGUCCUGGUCUACAUAGAGAACAACUUCAGUGCAGAGGCCAUGAAGCAGCUGCUGAAGGAGGAGUUUGUCAGCAGGCCUCGAGAGACCCUGAAGUUGGCAAUUCCUGCAUUAAUCUACACGCUGCAGAACAAUCUUCUCUAUGUUGCCCUAUCCAACCUGGACGCAGCCACCUAUCAGGUCACAUACCAGCUGAAGAUUCUGACCACAGCUCUGUUCUCCGUCUCCAUGCUGGGAAGGAAACUUGGUUUCUAUCAGUGGUUCUCCCUGCUCGUCCUCAUGGCUGGGGUCAUUUUAGUGCAGUGGCCCACUGAGUCUGAAGGAGACUCCGAGCAGAAAGUCCUGUCUUCCAGCGCUCAGUUUGUGGGUGUGAUGGCUGUGCUGAUAGCCUGUCUAUCCAGUGGCUUUGCUGGGGUUUACUUUGAGAAAAUCCUCAAGGAAACUAAACAGAGUGUGUGGGUUCGAAAUAUACAGCUGGGUUUGUUCGGGUUUGCGUUUGCUAGUCUCGGAAUGUUGGGUUAUGACGGCAGGAGAGUAGCAGAGUUUGGAUUGUUUCAAGGCUACAAUUGGAUUGCCUGCACAGUUGUCCUCUUACAGGCUUUAGGUGGCCUGGUCAUAGCUGUGGUGAUUAAAUAUGCCGACAACAUCCUCAAAGGAUUCGCUACCUCUCUGUCCAUCAUCAUGUCCAUGCUGAUCUCCUAUUUUCUGCUGGAGGAUUUCCACCCUUCUGGUGUGUUUUUCUCAGGGGCAACACUGGUUAUCGCAGCCACGUUCAUGUACGGCUAUGAGCACAAACCUGCCAACGGCGGCGCUGUUAAAGUCUAAAAGAGAGAGGUCCGGUCCGGCCUUGCAGCGCCACAGCACAACACAACCAGAGCGGGACUCAGUGGACGUGUGUAUGUGAUAUAGCUUGUAACUGCCAAUCUGCAGUGACGUGAAAAUGGACAUGCUCCAUUACUGGUGCUAAAAAACAAACAUGUCUGUAAAUGACUGUAGUGAUUUUUGGGAGAGAGCAGGCUUCUAGGUUUAUAUUUCCAUAUUCAUAAAGGGGGCUGGUUGUUUGAUACAAGAGAGUAUUUGUCUUUACAAAAAAAAAAAAAAAAAAGGAGAAUUUGGGACAGAGCCUCCAUCUAGUGGCGGAAUGAAAACUAACCAUACAGAUGAAGCCAAAUUGAGGUCUUUUGUGUGAAGAAACAAAUGAAUAAAUUGAGGUAUGGACUAAGCUUGCCUCCCUUUACAUAAAAAUUAAAGCGCUUUACACAUCGAUGAAUACUCUGAACGUGUUUUUCUUUUCAGUUCUACUGCACUCUGAAAACCCCAAACCAGUCUCUAUAGCAACAGACGAAUGCUGCUGAAGGCGAAUCAAUAAAGCUAGAGCGUCUUUUUGUUGAGAAUUUACAUGGUUGCAU